AUGUCCGGAAAGGUACUCAGUGGUGGCGACUACCUGACAUUUGAAAGACAUAAGGAGGCCCAAAUGUCAGUUCGAGAUGAUGGAACACCUUCAUUACGAUUAGAAGGAUUGGUUCCAAAAAUGGAGGAAUUCCACAACCAAACCGAACUUCUAAAGGUUAUGUGGCAGAGUUUGUAUUCAACUAUAUCUUCACGUGAUAUAGGGACACUGUUUGCCCCCAGAAAUAUUACAAAUGCAAGAAAUGUAUCUGCAGAUCCAUCAGGGAAUUACUAUGCGUCAGAGCUGAUGGCAAACAAAUUUACAGAUGCAUGCACUAUUGCAGGAGCUAUAGCCCAUUUCCAAAUGGACAAUGUAGCAAGUAAACCAAAAGACAACAUAUAUACAGGGGCAUUGGGAGAUUCGGUAGCCAUGAAAUCAUAUUUACUGAGUGAAGCUAAGUCAUUUUUGCAAAAUAUGUUUGCAUUGAUAUUAAGCCUCUUCCAAAUUAUGGACCCCUUUAAAUGUCGGUAUUGCGGAAAAUCUUACAAACAGUCUGCAGGUCUAAGGAAACAUGAAAACAAGGCACAUGGACAUCCUGAAUAUGACCAAACUCUACAAACAAAUCAACUGAGAAGUCAGGAGAGUCAUCAUGAUGAGGAUAUGAUUUUAAACUACACUAAACUUAGCUUGACAUUGGGCAUGUUACGCUGUAAUCACAAUGAUGCUCUGCACAUGUCAGAUGGCGAUAGAAUAUGCUUGUUAAUCAGUACUUGUUUCUUUUGUAUAAAUAAGCAACUGUCCAAAAUAUGCAUAUGGUUCUUAGAGACACAGUGUCAGGCAAAGAUUUUGUUAACAGCCCGUAUGGCGCAUCGCCUUAAAUGGAACCGCACAGUAAAUCAUAGGGGAAGAGCUGACUCCAAUCAUCCAAAUGACCUUGACCAAGAACAUUGUAAUAAAGUCUUUAAGAAUGAAGUCCACAGCUUCAGAGGAAUAUUCACUGAUAAAACCAUUUCUCGACUUACUAGAAGUGCCUUAUGUACAGAUCAGAUUUUAAGACAAAUUGAUACACAAACAGAAAUGAGGCGUCCUUCUGGCAGACGUUCCGACGUAGAUCUUACGGAAGAUAUAAACAUAAUUGUGAAUCAGCUUAUACAAAAUGAGGUCUUCAAAAAUAUUCCCGGAAGAAGACACGAGGCAUUUCCUGUAGUUGAAGCGAAUCCAUUUUCUAGUUGAGAUAUGGAGCAUAUUCGCAACUGGAUAUCAAAUUCACUUAGCGAGUUCUCAGGGAAACAUUACUACUAAAUAUCAGAGUCUGAUGACAUGAGGAUAUUUGGUUUUGCGGCCAGAUAGUUUUCAAAAUCGGUGUCAGUGGAGAAGCUCACAUCUGGGGAUUCACUUGAUCAAUCGUUCUCUUGACUUGAAAUAGUGUUUCUAAUGUUUGUAAGAAUAUGUGAAUCAUUGAACGAACAUACUUCAAUACAGUUACAAGUCCCUGAACAUAAACACUGGCAUCUGCACAUAGAUGAGCAUAUGUCACAACAGUCAUGUUUCGGGAGAAGUGGCUCAAUUUCUUCCCAGAAUGGUUUAAGUAGAAGUAGCCUCCUGCAUGUUGUUGCUGAUACAUACUGUCUCAUUUCUGUUGUUAUAUUUUGACUGGAAAGGCAACGUGUGUACCUGAGCAGUAUUGCAUUGCAGUUAGCUGUAGCAUCCCGACCGGUUCGUCCGGUUUCUUGGAGGUAGUCAUCAAGGUCAUUUGCUGGACCAUAAUGAACUACUGUAUGGACUCCCUUUAUAUCCAAAUCCAUGCUGAAUGAAGUUGAACAUUAAACAACUCUUAUUUUACCAUCUUCCUUCUGAAAUGAUGUACAUAUACACUUCUCGAUAUCUUCAUUGGUGGUCAGAUGGAACAUGGCAAAAAUUCUGUUCCAGUAUCCAUUUCUUGGGUCUUCUGAACUUUGAACAUAUUGUCUAUCGCUUAGGCUUAUCUGGAGAUAUUCAAAUACUUCAGCAAUCUGUUUGAUUUGUCGAAAAGAACACAAUCAUUCUAGGGCAAGUUUGGCCGAGAUCAGCAAUAAGGUCAUAAAGCCAUUUGAAGUUUGCAGUGAGGUCCUUUUUGUGAUUUCAACACUGUAUUUGACAUUUUUCUGUUAUGGAUUUACAACUAACUGAGUACACUUUGUCAUGCAUAGAUCUUUCAUGAUAAGUUCUCUUGUUUGUUUUGUGGCAGUUGCUGUCAAUGCUAUUAUGGGCACAUUCUUCUGGACUAGUGAUCGUACCUCUCCCAGCUGCCCGUACUGUGGUCUAAAAGCAGGUUUUUUCCUUUUUCUUGUCAGUCUUGCCACU